ACCUUUUAUGCCUCAGUUCCAUGUUGCACAGCGGACGAGGCGCACAACCGCGGCCUGGGCUUGGCCUCGACUGGCUGGCGUCUUCCCGCCCUCUCGUUUAAAAGUAGCGAGUGUUUUAUUUUGUUAUUAAACGGUAAUUCGUUUUCUUCUUUAUAUAUAAAAUAUUACUUUCUAACAAGUUACGAGGAGCGUUUCAUUGGUUCAUCAGCUAUGGCGCACAGCCGGACCGAGAAGAGUAAAGUCCCCGCGUCGCAAAAAAAACGGAACCGAACGAACGAGGACGACGAUGAACCAGAUUCCUCCAAGCUGAGCAGUCGGGUGCAGUGCGCGGAGCAGAAAAUCUCGCCGAAGCAACUUGAACAGAAAGUGAGCGAGGUGAUACAGUACAUCCUGACUGUAGACCAGAAGAAGAUCCCUAUAAAAAAAUCAGAUAUCAGCAAGAACGUGCUGAAGGACCACCGUUAUCUCAUCAACACGGUGAUGAAGAUGGUGACCAAGAAGAUGAAUGAGGUGUUUGGGAUGGACUUGGUGGAGAUUGACUCCAAGUUGCACUCUUUCAUCCUCGUCAAUAAGAUUCCCAAUGCUGGGGAAGCCUUAGCUGACAGUGCGAACAAGAAGCUGGGGCUGCUCAUGAUCCUGCUCAGCAUCAUCUUCAUGAAGGGCGGCGUCCUCAAGUGUGCAAAGCUGUGGUAUGUGCUAAAGAAGUUUGGAAUCGAUCAGAGCACGCACCACAUCGUGUUCGGAGACGUCAAGAAGCUCAUCAUGGAGGAGUUUGUGCGGCAAAAGUACCUUCAGUGCUCGCGCGUGCCGCACACGGACGUCCCGGAGUUUGAAUUCCGCUGGGGCGCCCGCGCCGAGUGCGAGGUGCCCAAGAUGAAGGUGCUCGAGUUCACGGCCAAGAUGUACCGCAACGCGCCCACGGACUGGUCCUCGCAGUACAAAGAGGCGGUUGAGGCGCAGAGCUGAGCACAGGAAACUCAGCCAGGUGUGUGACGGCCACACACUCGUGCGGGCUGUAGAGGUCGUACCAGGAGUGUGCGGGGGUGUCACGGUCCACGCUCGACAAUUUACUCCUCCCAUUCGAAUACAAACGAGCUCGAUCCAUGCUGCACGCACCUGCGCGAUUGUUAAACGCAUCCCACGCUACGCGCUAAGCCAUCAACGCUGCUUGUAUACACGCACACACCGAGAUCUUAAUUUGAAUGGGGGGGGCAAGGAGGAAUUUAGUGGAAUCCUGUGGUUCCUCCUCGCGCCUCUUCAGUGGUUCUCGUUGAGAGGGAGCGAAUACCAUAUGGCUGCACGUUACAAGCUUAAGUUAUUAUUAUUGCAGACAAUAUAUUGGCUGAACUUUCAUUUUGACAGGGCAAAAAUGGCAUGACUGUGCGAUGCCUUAAAAACACUUGCAAAUAGUUCAAAUAUGACCCGUUUUCCAUGUAGCCAUUCCGUGUAAAUAUGUGAAUAACUUUUUUACAUUUAACGCAUUUUCUGUGAGCGAAUGGGGCAGCGUUGCAGCGUUUUGAUUCUUUGUGAGCACGUCCGACCCACGCUUGACCUUAUUCACACGUGACGGAGAACGCUCUAAUAAACUUUACUUUUCGUCACAA